AUUUAUAUACCCGUGUGAAGGAAGUACUGUGGUAAUAUCAAGUAACAAGAUGAUGACUCUCAGUUUAUUGUUAGUUGCACUCGCGAGUGUCGACGCUGUUGCGGCUGCGACAACAAAGUUUGAGAGGAUUUUCCUGCGGGUUUUCCUGAGGGAGAAUUCGUACAGAGAUGCUCCUGUUGCCAGCGUGUCAGAUUUAAUCCCACACUUUGAUAUCAAUAAAAAAACCGUUUUUUAUAUUCACGGAUUUUCGGAGAGCGUCAAUAGUUCGAGUGUUAUGACAAUCGUCAGUGCUUAUUUGAAACGAGAUGAUCACAAUGUCGUAGCGAUUGACUGGAGUGAAUUAGCCGCGGGUAAUUACAUGGAAGUAAUUUCUCACGUCGAAGAGGUUGGAAAUUCCAUUUCUCGAGGAAUCAAUGAACUUGUGAAGGGAGGAAUUUCCCCAUUGCGAAUUCACGUGGUGGGACAUUCAAUGGGGGCACACGUGGCGGGAAAUGUCGGAAGGAAAAUAGGAUUUUUGCUUCCACGAAUAACCGGUUUAGACCCGGCGGGUCCUUUUUUUAAUUUUUUUAAUGAAAGAUUAACUCGAUCCGACGCUAAAUUAGUGGAUAUAAUUCAUACGGAUGCUGGAUUCUAUGGAAUAGCCAGACCCAGUGGAACUGUGGAAUUCUGGCCUAAUGGAGGAACACGAUUACAACCCGGAUGCCCAUCAAAUUCCCGAGUAUAUACCAAAGAAGAUUUCUGUAGUCAUCAUCGCUCUUAUGUGUACUACGCUGAAUCAUUACUGAAUGAAAAUGCCUUUCUAUCGACUGAAUGUUCAUCGGAAUCUGGCACGUUCGAGAGAAAUGGGAAUGGGAAAUCGAUUCCAAUGGGAUAUGCAACACCACCCGAUACAAUUGGAAGCUACUGUCUCGUUACGGGGACUAAAGAACCCUUCGGAUUAGCUGCGAAGGGAGAACUUCAAGCUCCUGAUCCCACCAGCCAACUGCUGCCCAUCGCCUCAUAAUUACAGAAUUCCUCUCACAAACCCAAGAAUUGUAUCCCCUGACGAUAAAUAAAGA